GGUAAAGGUGUGAUUUGAUAUGGUGAUCAUCAGGAAGGCAGCGAUUUGUCAAAAUGUAUGUGCGCGUGUGUGUGUGUGUGUGUGAUGAUGUGGGGUAUUGAUAGGUAUUUGCUUCCAGCCUCAUGCUGAAGGAAGGAAGUGAUGAACUGCCGUCGAGAUAGGUUUGAAAUGAGACUUAUGUCUCCAAAUGGCCACGUCAUCAAAUAUUUGCUCAUCGGUUACUGAAGGUUUUGCGCAUGUUGUUACGGGAGAUGGAGUACAGGUUGAACGUGUUUCGAAGGCUCACUGCCACUUGCUUUGACAAGUAUGCUGGAAGAGUGAUUCCGCCAAGUACAGCCUCCUUCCUCUCCGUCAAGCGCAUCCCUUUCACGUCUCUUCUCCCGGCAAUUGCCGCCGGCAACCACAAGCGGAGCCUGAUGGUCGCGGUCGGUGCAGCUCAGCUGCUCGAGCACUUGCCUUUGGCACAGGGCUUCACUCAUUCAGCAGGCAGUCGACGGCGUCACGAUGCCUGUUGUCGUUGGAGUAAUCACCUUGAGCAGAAGUCUGUGGCACCACCAUCUGCGUUCCACGAAGUCGGUGGCAUUCAGGAGCAGGCGGCGUAUUGCAGGGCGCAGGCACGGCAACAACUAGUAAGUGCAAAGGAAUUCUUCUCGUCAGCGGCAAAUCGAGUGUUGUCGUCAUCGUCCCUGAGAAGGUGUGAACGUCAGUGCGGACUGACAUCGCCUGCGUCUGUCAAAGCGAGUCUGCUCUCUCUCUUCUUAGAUCAUCUCUUCCUCGAGAAUUGGAACAAGCCAAAUCUUCGGGGAACCGUAGUUAUUAUAAAGGCUCAGCAAGGAAAUGAGGGCAAUUCUGCGCAUGUUGACGAGUCGCCUACGGUCAAAAGCUGGGUACGGCAAGGAAAUCCGGAAGUGCGGACAAGGGGAGAUGCUCGCGGCAUCAGGACUGAGGCUGGUCUGAGGCAGGACAAGACCGGGGAUGGGACUCAGAUUGGGGGGGGAGAAGCACUCUCUCCUAAGAGGCUGGAAGGAGUGGAGGGGGAGGGAACUGAUGAGUAUGCUGAUGUGAAGAGGAUAUUGCACCAGAGAGAAGUCCAGAAAAAGCGAGUGGGAUGGUCGAGGGAGAGGAUUCCUUAUAGGGGUGGAGAUCGAAGACCGAGGUGGCGUCUUGUGAAAACGAAUGUGUGCAUCGAAGACCCGUUUGAGGAGUUGAAUCUCCGCGGCAUCCAACGACAAGUCGGCGGGAUAAGGGUACGGCAGCACGUGAAUCCGCUCAAGGCUUCGCUGCAGGUCCAGGUCGAGCCGCCAAAAUGGGAAGAAACUUUCCGCAACCCUUGCCUUCCCCUCGUUGUCGACAUCGGCAGUGGGAGCGGGCGAUUCGUGAUGGUGCUUGCGAAACGGAACAAGGGGCGGGUGAACUACUUGGGAUUGGAAAUUCGGGAGAAGUUAGUGGACAGGUCGAGGCAAUGGGCGUUGGAGCUGGGGCUGGACAACACACACUUCAUGCUAGCCAACGCAACGUUUUCGUUGGACGGCAUCUUGGCCUCCUACCCGGGUAAACUCUCGAUGGUGACGAUUCUAUGUCCGGAUCCCCAUUUUAAGAAACGCCAUCAUAAGCGCAGAGUCGUGCAAAAGCCUCUUGUCGAGACGAUCGCCAAAUGGAUGGAAAAGGGAGGAAGAGUCUUCGUUCAGUCAGAUGUGCAGGAGGUUGCCAUCCAUAUGAAAGCGCAGCUUGAGAUGUACGGUGGCGAUUCUCUCUGUCUCGCGCCAGAACACCAAGACCUACAGAACUGUGAUGGAGACGGCUGGCUUAUGAUGAAUCCCCUUGGUGUACCUACCGAACGCGAAACAUAUGUUUUGUCUCAAGGUGGUAGAAUGUACAGGUCCUUGUACAUCCGACGAUAGCGAUGUACGGCCCUCUUCUGUUCGUUGUGGCUUUUGCUUCUGGCUUCUCUAUUGUGAUGUUAUUCUGCAGUUGUGGCUUGCUUCUGCCUUCUGCCUUCCUCGUUCUGGCUUCUGGCUUCUGGCUUCUGUAUUUUGUUGUUGUUGUUGUUGUUCGAUAAAGGAAAGGCUGGAGUGAAUUAAUGAAGGGAAUUUUCAGUG